GCACCGGAUUCGCAAAUCGUCGCGUCCAGUCGGUCUGCAAACCCUCACGACAAUAAUGCGUCCCCAGAAACAACAGUCGCACGGCUUCAUGCACGGCGCGAUCCCAGCAAUCGGAGCUAGUGAAACAGGCACCGUAUGACCUUGGCCGUCCCCUAUCCGCUCAAUUGGCGUCGAAUUCCCCGCCCCUAAACACUGCUUUUAAGCGGUCUUUAUUCAGACUCGUACAUCCAAUGCCACCUGCCUCUUCGUAGCAAUACUCCUGACGGCCAAGUUGGAGCGCAGCCCCGGCAUGUUGUGAGGUCAUCGACUAGGGUCCUGACCAGUCGACGUUGUGCCACGCCGCGUGCUAUUUCAAGUUGCCUAUACUCCACUUGACCGGCGCAGCCAUUAUUUCUUGCGAUUUUUGGAGUCGCUCCUUCUCCCACAGUCCUCCGUGACGGCUUCAGCAGCUAGCCAUGUCGCGUCCCAAGAGCAUGCCCGACUUCUCCGCCCUGCUCGACGCGUCGACUCCGCUGCCCGAGCACGAGCGCCCGCGCAAGAAACCGAGUAUUUCGCUGGCGGCGGGCCUGAUUAUGGCGAGCGAGAGCCCAAGGAGCACACCGAAUACGCCUCAGCUACGGGCGCUGGGAAGGAACGGCGACGGGUGGAGCGAUAACCUGUUCUAUGCGUAUGCACAAAAGAGCGACUACGCGCAUUCGCCGCCCUACAUCCUGACCUUCGCCUCGGCCGCCAUCUGCGAGCAAUGGUGGGCCCUCGUCCGGCGCGAAUACCCCGAAUCCACACGCGUCGGCCCGCAGCUGUUCAUCCUCAAAGGCGACGACAUGCAGGAGCAGAUACAGGACAACCCCAAGUUCUACGACUUGCGGAACAAGUGGUUCUAUACACCGAGCGACGGCAGCUCGUCUGGCGUGAUACCGCUGCAGGACUACAGGGGGCACCCCAUUACCGCUCCUCCUGCCCUGGCGCCAACAGAGGAGAAGGGGACUUUCGAUAUGGCUACGCUGAGCGAGACGCUGGAUAAGAUGAAUGCCAUGAUUACCGAGAACACAAACCAGAUCCGCGCCCUCUCCGUCGCCCAGUCGGAAGGCCUGCAGCGCAUGCAGGACAUCAACGAAUCCAACUCGACACAGAUCAACGCCCUCGCCGACGGCCAAGCCAAACUCCAAUCCAUCAUCGACCAGAAUGCCUCUCACUACAUCGCCCUCUCCAACUCGUCUUUCACAAACCAGGAACAGGUGAAAACCGUCCUGCAAUCGAACGCCGAACAGAUACAGAACCUGGCGGGCGGGCAAACACAACUGGCAAAGACGUGCGAGGGUAUGAUGCGCGCAAUUGAGAGCCUGAGCAAUACCGUGGGGAGAGUUAAUGAUACGAUGAGCCACAUGAGCUUGGCGGGCUCCGAAACGGCAAGCAAUCCUCCUUCGAACGGGCCACCGUUCGGCGCUAUCGCAAACCGAAUCUCUCCGCCGCCGCGCAAGCUCAAUCGACGGAUCAAGGGCGUGUGGUACGAAUACGAUGCGAAUACUACCCCGGCGAGCUCACCAAGGAAGUCCGUCACGAUGCCGGAUACGCCGCCCAAAAGCCCACUUAGUUCCAAAAUUGCAAGGUGAUGUGACUUUUCGAAAUGUCGGCGUUGGAUUAUGUAUAUUAUGACGUGUUUGGGGUGGGAUGGACGCUGGUUUGCAUCAUGGGACAGGUUCACUUUCCUUUUCUUCAGCUCGGAGUCUCGUUGGAUAUGUAGUGUCAGCCACGGGAGCAAUAAAGUAAUGCCUUGAAUCUCC